AUGCCUUGUCGCACCACCCUCGAGCUCAACUCUACCGCGAUCGGAGGCGGUAAGACUCUACGGGAGCGCAUCCUCCUGCUCCCGGAGGACUACCUUGGCUCAGUGCAGAAGAUCACGCGGAGGCUCUGGGUUCACGAGCCCGGUGCCAUCGUUCCCCGCAUGGUCACAUAUGUACCAGGCCUCUAUAGGAUCUUCGAUGAGAUGCUAGUGUAUGCCACCGACAACAAGCAGCGCGACCCAAGCAUGGACUCCCUCCGCGUGGAGGUCGACGUGGUUCGGUGCAACAUCUCCAUUUACUACAACGGCGAAGGCAUCCCAAUGGAGCUCGACCAGAAGGAAGGCUUGUACGCAUCAUAG